GUGAUCAGUUUUUUUUUAAUUGUUUUCGGUGAUUGUUUUCAUCAGUGGUCGGUCUAAAAUCUUUGCUGUGAUUUAGUUUUCAUGUUAGAGCGGAAAUAUGUUUAAAAGAAGAUUGAAACUGAAAAAUGAAAAGGAAUGUACAGCUUAGCAGAUAUCUCCAUGAAAUUAAAUCAUAAGAUCGCCUGCUAAAUGACCAAAGAUCACAGUUACUGUACUUAGUACUUGUAACACUCUAACCAAAUUCAAACUCAUCGUGAAAUUUAUUCAAUUAUGACCAAAGCAUACGGAGUUCUGCCAUGAAUUCCAAGCAUAUUUAUCAAAAAUGGCAAUAAAUUACAUAGUUAAUAGUUUGAUACUUUUAAACACAAUAUACUGCCAACCCAAUUCUUAUAAAAUAAAUGAUUUUUUAUCUCCGAAUUCUCUUGGAAAUGGGGUCAGUUCUUUAAUUGUUAAUGGACAUCCGAGCCCAAACAGAAGGUUCUAUGUGCGAGUUCAAUUCACAAAUUCGGUCUAUAUGUGUGGAGGUGCAAUCAUUGCUCCACUGUGGGUCAUCACGGCAGCACAUUGUGUUCUGGGCAAACCAGAGGAUAUUUUUCUGACGGUCGGGGAUUUCCAUGUUCGUCAUUCAGAGAAAGAGAUCUUCAAGGUGGUGCGCAUUGAGAAACCUGAAGGGUAUCUGCUGGAGUCAUCGGGAUCACUAUUUAAUGUGACAAUAAAAAAUGACAUUGCAAUGUUGCAACUGCAGAGGCCAAUCUCCGACCGCGCGAGAAUAAUCCCACUGUGUUCAUCCAAACUUAUUCAUGGAAGCCCUGUGCGCACAUGUGGGAUGGGGUCAACAAACGGUCGCACCUUCGAUUUCCCCGACAUACUUCAUGAGGCGCACUUCCAAACGAACGAUUUCGAAUCAAUUAACCCGUUUAUACUAAAUGGCAUCAAAAAAUGCAGAGAAGACCAAGUUUGCGUGCAAUCUCCUCCGACGUCAACUAAAAGCAACAUCUGCUACUUGGACGACGGAGGUCCCUUAUACACAUUACAAUGUGGAACCGGCGUAGCAGACUGUCUUUAUGGUGUGGCCAGUUACUCCAAAUCGAAAACUCGCAAAGGUGAAAAAUGCAACGACGGAAGCUACUUCUCAAGCGUCGUUCACAUGCACCAUUGGGUCAAGUUUGUCCUCACAAAAUUUGACCUCAACAGUCUAUUCAAUUAUGAACAUUGACUCCAAUUUGGCGAAACUAUUUGGUUUAAAAUUCGUAUAUGCUUAACUUUUCAAUUCUUUCUUUAUAGGGGGGCCAUUUCGUUACAAGGUACAAAAGUAGAGUGGCGUGCACAGAAAUUUUUCCAGGGGGAUGGCGGUUUUUCGAAAAAUUUUGAAAAAUUUGCCGACUUUUUUUUUAUUUCAACCAAGUCCAUUUUCCGAGCUCGCCAAAAGGACUGUAAAUACCCUUUUUGUCGAAAAUUUUCAGUGCAGCAGCCAAUUUUUUCAAAAAACAGGCCCAAAAAGACUUUUUUAGGCACUUUUUGCAAAAUUUUGACCAAAAAACUGUGUUUUCUUGAGCGCGCGCUCCCCCUCAAAAUUAGUUAUAUUGGGUCCAAAGGCACCGUUAGAAAAAAUUUUGAGGUUCAUCAGCCAAAAAAUGAUGUCGUGAAAUUAUACCAAAGGUGGGACCCUUUAUGAAAAAUUGACAACCAGAAUUGAGGGGGAAGCCCCCCCCCCCCCCCCGGCACGGUACUGAUAGUGGAGCAUAUAUUUAACAAGAUCUUAAUUAUUUUCAACACGACUGUCAUACACUCUGUUUGAUUUAGGAGAAAAAAGAGAAAAAAAUGGUUUUGACCGCUACGCACACGAGAAAUGAGUAUACAUUUCACAUUUUAUAGUACGCUAUCUAACUUUACCAGUAAUUAUGAAACAAGACUGCUCAUUAAUUGGUUUCGAAUCGUUGUUGGUAUAUGAUAUUUUGGCAAAAGACAUUGUUUAGAUUUUGACAAACUACUCGAAUCAUAUCAAAGUGCUAAGAUAUGAGUCGUUUAUGCAAUUAAUGGGGCCAAUUAGCUUGCCUCUAUUCAUUUUGGACUGAUGAGCGCGGAUAAUUUGCCACGCAUAAAUGAAUUACGUAUUGAAAAAAAACUAUCAAAACAUUAUUCCAGCAGAAAAGCCGCA